AUGACGGGUACCAGUGUUGCCCAUCAGACUUCCCCCGCUAAGCUGCCGUACCAGCGUUGCCGUACGGACCCAGUCAAACUGCAGCUUCAAGCAGAAGAAAGAGGAGUGGUGUCAAUCAAAGGUGUGAGCGCAAAUCGCUUUCUGGCUAUGAAUGAGGACGGCAGAUUGCUGGCCUUGAAAUGUGCAACAGAAGAAUGUUUCUUUUUUGAGCGUUUGGAAUCCAAUAACUAUAACACUUACCGAUCACGGAAAUACUCCGACUGGUACGUGGCACUGAAAAGAACUGGGCAGUACAAACCUGGACCAAAGACUGGACCUGGACAGAAAGCUAUCCUUUUCCUCCCCAUGUCAGCUAAAAGCUGA